GUCGCGGGCGCGUAACGCUCGGGGGCCGCGUUUGAAUCGGGCGAGCGCCGCCGCUACAGCGCGUCCCGCACGGCUCCGGCUUCGGCCCCGCUUACCCGCGGCUUCGACGACGUUCCCCGGUCCGGCGGCAGCACGAUGAGCGCGGCGGGCGGCAAAGCCCGGCCGGUGGCGGCUGUGGAGCCGGCCCGAGUUGGCGGCGCGACGGUGGCGGCGGCGGGGGUCAAGGAGGUGCCGAAGGUGCUGGUGGACCCGCGGACGCGGCGCAGUUACGUGCGGGGCCGCUUCCUGGGCAAGGGCGGCUUCGCGCGGUGCUACGAGCUGACCGAGGCCGAGAGCCGCGAGGUGUUCGCGGGCAAAGUGGUGCCCAAAUCGCUGCUGGCCAAGCCGCACCAGAAGGAGAAGAUGUCCAUGGAGAUCGCCAUCCACCGCAGCCUGGCGCACCGCCACGUCGUCGGCUUCCAGGGCUUCUUCGAGGACAACGAUUUCGUCUACGUGGUGCUGGAGCUGUGCCGCCGUCGGUCGCUGCUGGAGCUGCACAAGCGGCGGAAGGCGCUGAGCGAGCCCGAGGUGCGCUACUACCUGCGGCAGACCAUCCUGGGCUGCCAGUACCUGCACAGCCAGCGCGUCAUCCACCGCGACCUCAAGCUGGGCAACCUCUUCCUCAGCGACGACAUGGAAGUGAAGAUCGGUGACUUUGGCCUGGCCACCAAAGUGGAGUACGAUGGCGAGCGCAAGAAGACCCUGUGUGGGACCCCCAACUACAUUGCCCCGGAGGUGCUGGGCAAGAAGGGGCACAGCUUUGAGGUGGAUAUAUGGUCCAUUGGCUGCAUCAUGUAUACUCUGCUGGUGGGGAAACCGCCUUUUGAAACAUCUUGUCUCAAAGAAACGUACAUCCGAAUCAAGAAGAAUGAGUAUACUAUUCCCAAGCACAUCAACCCCGUAGCUGCUAACCUCAUUCAGAAGAUGCUAAGAUCUGACCCUGCCACGCGCCCGACUAUCAACGAGUUGCUGAAUGAUGAGUUUUUCACAUCAGGGUACAUCCCCAACCGCCUGCCCACCAGCUGUCUCACUGUUGCACCUCGAUUUUCAAUCGCUCCCAGCACACUUGAACUGAAUGGGCGAAAGCCACUGACAGCACUCAACAAAGGACCAGAAAGCCCUGCAUUAGAAAACUUGCCUGAAAAAGAAGAUGCAGCUGGGCUGUGGGAGGUGGGAGACACCAUUGAGUGUCACUUAGCUGACAUGUUACAGCAGCUGACUGCAGUCAACUCAGCCAAACCCUCUGAGAGAACAGCAGUGAGACAAGAAGAAGCUGAAGACCCAGCCUGUAUUCCCAUCUUCUGGGUUAGCAAAUGGGUGGACUACUCGGAUAAGUAUGGUCUAGGUUAUCAGCUGUGUGACAACAGUGUUGGAGUUCUCUUCAAUGACUCCACUCGUCUUAUUAUGUACAGUGAUGGGGACAGCUUGCAGUACAUUGAGCAAAACAACACCGAAUCCUACUUCACUGUGAGAUCCUGCCCUUCUGCCUUGAACAAGAAGAUAACACUAUUGAAAUACUUCAGGAACUAUAUGAGUGAGCACUUGCUGAAGGCAGGUGCCAACAUCACACCUCGGGAAGGAGACGAGCUGGCACGUUUACCCUACCUCUGCACGUGGUUCCGGACCCGCAGUGCCAUCAUCCUGCACCUCAGCAAUGGCACUGUGCAGAUCAACUUCUUUCAGGACCACACCAAAGUCAUCCUGUGCCCUCUAAUGGCUGCUGUCACAUACAUAGAUGAGAAACGGGACUUCCGCACGUACAAGCUGAGCCUCAUUGAGGAGCACGGAUGCUGCAAGGAGCUGGCCAGCCGACUACGCUAUGCUCGCACCAUGGUGGAGAAGCUCCUCGGUUCGAAAUCUGGCUCAGCCCGUGUGAAAUGCUCUGCUUAGGCUUUCAUCUUGAUGGAGCCAACAUCUGUGCCAAACUGGCUCAGCUGUGAACGGGGAAGUCUGUUAGCAUCCCUUGUACUGUAACCUGCCAUCACACAGCUGGGCUCCCGCUCCUGGGUACGUUCCAGUUGCCCCCAGGGAGUCCCUGAUGCUGUGGUGAUGGUGCUGUGUUCACUGUGAGUGGUGCACAAAGGGGUUUUUUGCUCCUCCCAAUACAAAGUGUUUUUUAAAAAUUGCUUAUAUAGUCUUUUUUUUUUUUUCCUUAACUUUUCAAAGUCAAAAGCCUGAUACAAAAACCAACCCUCUUGUUGGAGGUUCCUGGGCCUUCUAAUGAGAUAAAGUGUGGGGUUCUCCCCAGAACUAUCAUGUAAGUUUUGUACAUGUCUGUGCAUGGUGCUCUGGACUUGUUUCCUUUUGUUGCAGCACAACUAAGAUAUUUAACGUGCCCAGGUUGAGACUGAGCAAUCUGCAUUUUAAUACUGAAUUUGUUCUACAUGAAAACUAAACUUUUGUAUAUUGCAUAACUUGAUUAAAGAUUGUUUGGAGCGUCCAGCCUCUCUUGGUUCCUUGGUAGGGAAGCAGCAGCAUGUUGCUUCUAAAUUAUUCUUGACCAAGACCUCUCAUCUCCACCAGCUCUUCCCCCAGCUGCUGGCUGAGCUCAGCCCUGGACUUGCUCUUUGGCAAUGCCAAAAAAAAAAAAAAA